AUGGAGGGUCAACCGAAGAAGCAGUGGGGCGUCACGAGCGCUAUCUCGGAGGCUCAGCCUGGUCCCAGAGAUCUCGAGCUCAACGACCAGCUCGUCGAGGUGUUAAAGCGCGAGAACAACUUUGAGACUCCCGAGGGCACUGAGAACAGGGUCAAGGUCCUGGGCCAUUUCCAGAAGGUCAUUGAAGAGUUGAUCCGCCGAGUCUGCAAGAAGAAAGGUCUCCCCCAAUCGACCAUCGAGAAUGCUGGAGGGAAGGUGUUUGCCUUCGGUAGUUAUGCGCUUGGAGUGUACAACCCAGGCUCUGAUAUCGACACCCUGGCUGUCGCACCAAAACAUGUCGGUCUCGACGACUUCUUCGACCACUUUCCUCCAAUCUUCAGGGAGAUGUCUUCUGCACCCGACAUCACCGAGUUUGUUCCUGUACGCGAAGCCUACGUCCCUAUCAUCAAGAUGGAAUACUGCGGUGUGAGCAUAGACUUGCUAUUCGUGUCGUUGAACUCCGUGUCAACAGUUCCAAAAGACUUGCAGCUUACGGACAAAAACCUGUUGCGGGGUCUGGAUGACACAGGCAUGAGAAGCGUGAACGGGACGCGAGUGACGACUGAAUUACUCUCUCUUGUACCUCAGGUCAAAGCAUUCAGGCACGCGACAAGGGCAAUCAAGUUGUGGUCUACUCAGCGCGCGAUAUAUGGUGCUGUAUUUGGAUACCCUGGUGGUGUAGCUUGGGCUAUUAUGGUUGCUCGCAUAUGCCAGCUGUAUCCUUUCGCUUGUGGGGCCACUAUCCUCUCCAAAUUCUUUACUCUCAUGGGUAAGUGGCACUGGCCGCGGCCUGUGAUGCUCAAGGCAAUCGAAGAGGGAACUAUGGGUCUCCGGGUGUGGAAUCCUCUGAUAUAUCCCCAAGACAAAUCCCACAUCAUGCCCAUAAUAACACCGGCUUUUCCGUCUAUGUGCGCGACUCACACCGUCAUGCACUCUACAAAGGCGAUAAUGCUAGAAGAGUUCACGCGAGCAGAGAAAAUCGUCAACCUAAUAAUAGCCGGAAAGAAGACCUGGGGAGAUUUGUUCGAACGGCACACAUUCUUCACGAAGGAUCAUAAGUACUAUCUGAGUGUGAUUGCAGCAUGUCGGACCAAGGAAUCACACGAGCUGUUCGCAGGCCUCGUUCAAUCCAAAGUGCGCCUCUUAGUCAAAGGGAUCGAUGACUCCGGAGCUGGUGUCGAGAUUGCACGUCCAUAUGUCAAGUCUUUCGAACGUGUUCAUCGCUGCCAUACUGAAGAGCAGAUCGAUCGAAUAAUCCAAGGCAAUAUGGCCUUUCAAAUCAGUAGUGAGGAGGCUGCUGUGAAUGGAUCUUCCGAAAAAGCGGAGAAUGGGGAGAAUGCAGAGGAGGUACACACCAUCUACACGACCACUUUCUACAUUGGCCUCACCUUGGCCGCAGACGGUGGCAAGCAGCUUGAUAUUUCAUAUCCAGUUUCCGAGUUCAAAAGAUUCAUUACGAUGUCCGACAUCUACGAGCAGGAAACGAUGUCAGUUCGUGUGAUUCAUACUCGAAAUUAUGAUCUCCCUGCAGACGUUUUCCUACCGGGAGAGACCCGUCCGACAAAGCCGGUCAAGGAAAAGAAGAAGAAACAUUCGAGUAAGGGCGCAAAGCGCAGUUUUACUGAGACUGAACUCGACAACACACAGAACGCGCUAGCAAAGCGCCGACAAUCCGAGAUCAACGGAGUGCCGACUCCUACCCCGGCUUAGACUGCCUUGUUCAUGUUCAAGGUUUCACAGUCUGUCCAUUGCAGACGAAUUCUUUUCCAACUUCUAACACUGUAUUUGUCCAGUCACGACUCCGAGCGGCCGCCACAUGAAGUAGCGCUAGUAGAAGGCAACCCUCAUAUAUCUCCGGCGAAUAGACCGCUAUUCAACCUACCUACCGCACCGGCCCCGGCUUCCCGAUCCGAUGUCAAUUCAGGUUCGUAUCAUUGCCAUGCUCGGAGCUCUAAUACCAGAAACCAGAAAAAAAAAAAGUAGAAAAUUGACACCAGUCAUGUGUCACAAAACCAAAAGGUUUGUCCCGAAACGGGCAGGGUUCAAUCAAACGG